GCCAAAGCCCACGUCCUGGGCCUUUACCACGAGACGGCCGGCAAGGGGAAGCGGGUGCAGCGAUGGCUGAAGCACCAUCUCACGAAAAAGCUGUCUGUGAUGACCGAAUUCCAGGAGGCCCGAGUCGGGCAGGCGCUGGAGACCUUCGAUUCGAUGUGGUGGGGUAUUCGAAGGAAGCUGGACGGGUACCUUGAGGCAGCUGGCGAGCAUACGCAGGCCACCCGGCGCGCUGUGGAGGCUUUGCGAGGGUACACCUCCCAGUGCCGCGUCAGCUUCGACCAGCUCCAGGCCGCAUAUGCGGCCUCGGCGCGCGCGGAACGGAAUGCCCACGAUGUUCUGAAGAAGACGUGGUCGGAGGUGACUUUCCAGGUCGGGCUGCUGGCCUCCAGAGUGGUCGAUGGCGGCCUGCUGGACCAGCUCGCCCUGGCGGACGUCCAGGCGGCGCAGGUGAUUGACGCUGGCCAGCAAGAGAUCGACGCGUUCUGCGCCAGCGACGGCGCAGCCGCCCUCAAGCACAUGCGGGCGCACCUCCACAAGGUCAUAAUCGGAGUCACCUCUGGGGCCUUUCGAUAA